AUGUCGGCCGUCAUAACCCCACAACGUACGCCUAAGCCUCCAAAAGUUUUCUCUAAGGGUGAGAAGAAUGAGGCGACAAAAAAAGAGGUUGAUCACAUGUGCCAUAGAGUGAAAAUUCCCGAUAUCGAAGAUAAAUGGUUCAGCUUUCGAAUUCUAUGGGCCUUUACAGGCCCCGGCUUUCUGAUGAGUAUCGCCUAUUUGGAUCCGGGCAACAUCGAAAGUGACUUGCGAUCUGGUGCAGUUGCAAAAUACAAGUUGAUAUGGGUAUUACUGCUGGCGCAUGUACUCGGCUUGCUCUUGCAACGUUUAUCGGCACGUCUAGGAAUCGUUUCUGGGAUGCAUUUAGCCGAAGUGGCGCACGAAUAUUAUCCACGAGUUCCACGUUUAAUACUAUGGAUUUUGGUGGAGGUGGCUAUUGUGGGCGCAGAUAUGCAGGAGGUUAUCGGCACUUCAAUAGCCAUCUAUCUGAUAUCGAAUACGGUAAUUCCAUUAUGGGCUGGCGUAUUGAUAACAAUCUGUGACACAUUCACGUUCAUGUUCUUCGAUCGAUACGGUGUUCGCAAAUUUGAGUUCUUUUUCUGCUUUCUCAUCUCAGUUAUGGCCGUUACGUUCGGAUAUGAAUUCUUUACAACUCAACCGAACUUGGGAGAAGUAGCAAAAGGUACAUUCAUACCGUGGUGCAGUAAUUGUGGUUCAGACGAGUUUCAAAUGGCUAUUGGCGUUGUUGGUGCUGUGAUUAUGCCUCACAAUCUCUACCUUCAUUCAGCGCUCGUUAGGGUAAGUGAAUCAAUUGUUUUACGAGCAAAUUUUGAUGUGCAAAUAGCGAAUAAAUACUUCUUUAUCGAGUCAGCCAUUGCCUUACUGUGUUCAUUCAUCAUCAAUCUGUUUGUGGUAUCUGUGUUCGGUAAAGGUUUCCAUGGAAAGACAAACGGCGAUAUAUAUGACACCUGUCAACAACCGGGCAACGAUAUGCCCUCACACUAUCGUUCUGUGUUCCUGAACGACACCGAACCUGCAGAGUCUGACAUCUAUCAUAGUGGAAUUUUGCUNGGAUGUACGUAUGGUAUUGGAGCGCUUUAUGUGUGGGCAGUUGGCAUUCUCGCAGCUGGUCAAAGUUCUACAAUGACCGGUACAUAUGCAGGUCAAUUCGUCAUGGAGGGAUUCAUUCAGAUUCGUAUGAUCAGAUGGAAGCGAAUUCUCCUUACAAGAUCAAUAGCAAUUUUACCGACAUUAAUUGUGACGAUAUUCAGUCGAGGUGUUGGAUAUAUAACAUCCAUGAACGACAUUCUCAAUUGUGUUCAAAUGAUCCAGCUUCCGUUCGCUCUUUUACCGGUGCUCACGUUUACCUCGAACAAACAAAUAAUGGGUGAAUUUGCCUGCAGCAGAUUACAAAAGGUAUUCUCAGUAUGCAUUUCUGCGGUUGUCAUAGCGAUAAAUAUGUAUUUUCUGUACGAACAAAUCAGUGCAACUGUUGGCACGGAAUGGUACGUGUUGACACCUCUGGGAAUAUUUGUUGCUAUUUACGCAGCAUUUGUUGCAUAUUUUGUAAGUGUUUUAUUCAUUUGUUUUAUUCACCCAAUAAACCUUCUCGAUUAG